AUGGAACAUAACAGCCCCCUUCUCGCCAGUCAGCGUGCACUUACCACCGCUGAGAUUCUCUGUAUCAUCUUCACAUUUUUGUCGCCUCGCUACUAUCGCACGCAGGAGAAGCCAAAGUCAGCCCGAGGACGAUUUGCCUUGUUGAACUGCACUCUGGUCAACAGCACCUGGUCCUCUGAGGCAAUACGUGCUCUCUGGGUUGAACCCACUGCAUACUCCAGGCAUACGCUGGGAUGGAUUUUCGACUGGGUUCCUGUACGUCGUCGGCAGGUCUAUGCAGAUAUUGUUCUCAGAGCAACCAUACACACUGUUAUCCGCAUGGACAUGAUUAGGUCUUUUGAUGGGGUCAAUCUACGUAAACUCCAGUCUCUGACACUGUUGGUUCAUACGCCUGCACACAGUGUCAUCAUGAUACCUCUAAUCACGCAUCCUUCGGUCGAGCACUUGUCUAUUGGGUCUGUGAACGGGUAUUUCGAUAAAGACAAGGAAAUGGCUGCCGCAAUGUGGGAAAAGCUUUUCAAAAGUAUUGCGGAGCUUUUUCCCAACCUGAGAAGCCUUCACUUUCAAGAAAAAGUUUUCAAAGACCUCCGAAUCCUGGUCAAACUUAAGCGUGACCUACAAUUGAAGUCCUUGAGGCAAAAGACAUGGGAGGCACCAACUGUUGAUGUUUGA